AUGUUAAUCAAACCAAAAAAAGAUAUUUGUAAAAUAUGCAGUGAAUAUGAAAAUGCAACGGAAGAGGCUAAACUCCAGCUCCAGCAGCAGUACGAAAGUCAUAUUAAAAAUAAGAAUAUUGUUAGAGAAAUAAAGAAUAAGGAAAAAGAUUUAGCUGACCAAAAAUUAAAAACAGUAGCUGUAUUUGAUUUGGAGAAGGCUAAUUUUUACAAUUUUAAGUCUCAAGUAACAUCUCUUAAAAACUGGAUUCACGAUACAAACGGCAAUAAAGUCCUUUUUUCAAAAAUAAAGGAAAUUAAAGCAUGUCCUGACACACCAAACAAGUUAUUUUUUAAGUACGAUUUUGAAAAUCAUGAUUACUUGGUUUUAGACACAACAAAUCGUACCUCAUCACGUACACGUAAAACAAAUAUUAGCCCUCAGAGUUUAAAUGAACUCAUGCCCGCUUAUGACAAAUGUCUACCAAUUUCGAAUGCUUUAUAUAAGGAUUUAAUAAGCUUAUGUGAUACCAAUGCUAUACCAUUGCAUUAUCAAGGGUUUUAUAGAAAUUUGGUAACGCAAAGUGAUACACCUAAUUUAGAAAUUUUUGAUACAUCGGAUGAAGAUUAA